UUGCCAACUCUCGGCUGAAUUACCGGGUAAUUUGAUUAUUAUGAGCUGGCCUGAUCGUCGUCAUUAUGCCAGAAACAUCUACACCAACAACAAUUCACACUAAUUUCUAGCUAAGCGCUUGGACGAUAUGCCACUUAAGAACGGAUCUGUGCAGACAUUGUAGGAACGGAGAGUAAAACCAGGAACUUUUCAAUCUGUCGGAUAUCAUUUUCUGCUGGAUUUAUCAAUUUGACUGUUUACCACACUUCAUUAAGAAUUUCCAUUAUAGCAGCAUCUGUGGGGAGAAGACGACAUCUCUUAUAACAGAUUAAAUAUUCCACUGUUUCAUGUGAACAUUUUCUGAGAUCUUUAGGGUUGAUUUGAAAUAGCAUGAUAUAUCAUUAUAACAGAGAGGAGGAAAUCUGGUGAAUGUCUGCAGAUAGACACUCGAUAAAGCUGAAACAAUAUGAUGUCCACAAAGAUUAGAUGUCAAAGACUGCAAUUUGGGUUUCUUAUUUUAACGUGUAUGAUACCAAAUGGCGUUUUCAGCACCUGUCGCUUUCCGGAGUUCCUUCAACGAGAGCAGCCGUGGGCAGCUGAUUAUGGGGAGGGGAGAUUUGUCGCGUAUGUCAAGAACACGUAUAUGCAGAUAAACCAAUUGAAAGGGGGAAAUGACAGUACUUAUGCUAGACGAUGUAUCGAGGAAACGAAAGGUAAUAAAUAUUUAGUUACCCAUGAAGAAAGCCUAAAACCUCCAAAAUAUAUGUGCAUGGAAUUCUUACAAAGAAGUGAAAACAUUGUGCAGCUAAAAGUGUCACGUCAAUCUGAUCGGCGAUCUAUUGAACUUUGUGAUGAAAGUGGUAUGGGAUUGGACCAUUGGCCGAUUGUGCAAAUAGCCCAAUCACCCGAACAAAGAAUUGUGUGUCCGUUUGUAGGGGGGUACAAUAUAAACAUGUAUUUUCCUAAUGAAACAAUGGUUUGUGUGGAUAAUCUGCUAUUAAUGCGCAUGGAAAGCGAAUGUGAGUCGGGAGAGGGGCUUACUUUUGACUUCCGUACCGAUAAAUGUAUCCCAGCAAAUCUCCCACGAGAAAUCAAACAGCGAGCGUAUUGUAUCGCACAUUGGACGGAGGAGGGCCACACCUUCAUUGUCUUGCAACAUUCUACGGUGCACAAACAUUUUUGGUGCUUACGUAUUACUGAUGCCUUAGGUGAUAUCCGCACAGCUUAUCUGUUUCUUAAUCUGGUCUGCGAUCCCAGCGAACCAGUUUUACAGACACUCAACUAUUUCCACUUCCGAAUGUCAAGGGUCAUCUACUCCACAAUAUGUGCCGACGAACUUGACGGCUGUUCCAUUAUACAAUCAUUCUGUCUCACAGAUUUCCGACGGCACUGUAGCAAAACGUGUGAUUCUUGUGAAUAUGAGAGUGAAUUGGGCUUGUGUACAUUUCCCGAACAUUUACGCGGCAACUGGAUAGAGAGUUCUCGUCAAAAUAAUCGUAGGAUGAGCGUGAAAGAAUAUUCUCUCGGGUUGCAAAAUAUUGGGAAGUUUGAAUGUCUUAACAUUGAAAGCGAGAGUUAUGCCGAUAAAAGGAUAUUGCUGGAACUAUUUGAUAAUGGAUGCUAUCCACGAUACGCAUGCGUUGAUCUGGAGAAGAUUGCGCCCUCUGUAAUAAUCUAUCGUCUAGGUAACAGAAUUGACUGGCCACUUCCCUAUCGUGAAAAUGACAAGGACUAUUUAUGUAAAGCGGACAAAUUCAAAGACCGGAAUACGAAAUAUGCGAAAGAGCGACCUCCCAAAAUUUUAAUUCAUGCUGAUGUCCUUCAUCCGGUGAGCUGCGGUCUUCCCGCGAAACUUCAAUACGGUAUCUCAUUUAAGGAGGAUGGAAAAUUAUGCGGCGGAUGUCUAUAUUACAGCCCGUAUAAUGACGCAGAUAAAAUAUAUAUUCAGCCUGUCAACUGCUCAGUGGAUCCUUACCCAUUAGAAUAUAAUUGCCUGGCAUCGUUUGAUUUCGGAAACAGAACGCACGCUGUCGUGACAAAGACGAGUAUCCCCGGAAACUAUGGGGAGUACUUAUGCUGGGUUUUCACGAUGGAUAAAAAAAUUAAGGUGAUUAAAUCGGCAGAUUGUUAUGAAUUUGAGAACGAGUUUGCUGACCCAGAAGGACUCGAGGCUCAAUUUUCUAUAAUGGAUGUCGCUGAAGAGUCACCUAAUAAUUUAUGUCGGAAUUUAGUUUUUGCACCUCGGACAACUAGUGCCCGACACGUGAGUAAUGGAACGACAAUUAUGCCAAAAGUGCUUUAUACUAUCCUUGAACCAGAAAAACCAAACGCUCAAACGGAACAUAGUAGCGAGAUGGAUGCCAAGGCGGUUUACGAUCACAGAAACUUAGGCCAUGCGUUACAAUCAAAUGUAUUAACAACUAAAAUCAUUUUACUAAUUGCGUUAAUUAUUCUAGUGGCGAGGACUUAACGUUUUGAGAUUUGUUUUAACUAUGAGCGAAGAUUGUGAUAUUUCUUGCGUGACGGAAACAAGUGGACGUACGGGAACGUUGAUUUUUUUCUUCUGGUAAUGAAGGAAAGGGCGUGUCUGUGUUCUAACACGCCAGAUUAAAAGAGAUUAGAUGGAUGGAUUGUAUAAAUAAGACAAUAUUUUAAGGCGUGUGCUUCCAGUUAUCAAAGUACUCUCCAGCUUUGGAAGAGUUUAUAUAAGAGUAGACACUUUGUUGUGUACAUAACGGGCAAAUGGCCAUAUUUAUGUUGUAGAUGAUAUUACUUACCAACAUAAAAGGACGUCUGAGAAUAUGAAAAUUUUACAAUAUUUGUUUUUGCAGUGUUUUUAAAAUUAAGUAGAACUUUUACGGUUUAAAUGUCGAACAUUGGAAAAAUAACAAUAGCACAUAUGAAUAAUAUAUUAACUUUAAUGCUAGGUUCCAAAAUAUCACGAUUCGUGCUACGAUUGAAAUCGUGGUUUUAAUCGUGGAGUAAUCGUGGUGAUUCUAUCAGGUCUUAUCAUAUAUUGAGGUCAGUCGUAGCAAUCAGCUUGGUCGUAUCGAAGCCUAUCCGAACUCAAUAGGGACAUUCCUAUCCUGACGCAUCGCUCGACAGUGAGAACUUGGCAUAAGCAGAUUUCUUUGGUUUGGCGCCUUAUCACUGGCGUCAUAUCCAUGUUUGGAGACUUAUCACUGAAAUCACAGCCAUGGUCCAUAAUAUGUAGGUUACUUGGAAAAUAUAAAAGAUAUUUUGAAAUUGAUUUUUUUUAUCAUUCUUGAUACUGUAGGGAUUACGUGCAAUAUAGUAUACAGAAAUAGAUACAUGUUUUUCAUUUUAAGUGUUUGUGAUCACAAGAAGAUUGAGUAAAAAAAGAACCAGUUAGUAUAGGAGUAUAUUUAUACGUACGCGUUAAUUCUUCAUUAGACGUCAACGUAACCCCAAAACGCUAAUCUAGUAAAACUAUUUCGUUUUGUUUUCGUGGAUAUAAUUUUGUUUACUCUCGUAAAAUAUAGGGAAUAUCUAAUGAAGAAAAACUGUUCAAAACAACAGGUUUUUAACAGAUUAGGGCUCGGCAUGGGAAUAUAUAUUUCCAUCAUGUGGAAAAACCCCCCCAACAAAUUGAGAAAAAAAGUUAAAUUAUUUUCUUUUCGAUCUCGUUAAGCUAAAGUUUGUCUAGAAUCCAAACUGCUCGAAUAUAGUAUAUCAUAAAGUGUAUAAUAUAUAGCUUGAAUAUAGUAUAUUGAAAAGUGCAUAAUAUAUAGCUUUUUGUAAGAUAUCUGUAAAUAAAAUGUAUAAUUUGUAGCACAACACAGUUCAGUGGAUAACAAUCACUAUAUUGUAUACACACGACGUUUCCACAAGAGCAAUCUAAUUAAACCAGAAAUCUACAUUUCGUUUCGUUUCUUUAUACAGUGAAGACAAGUAAAACGAAAUUUUGACCUAUAAAAACGAAACGAAAUAGGGUCUGUGUUUUAAUCAGAUUGCGACAAAAGUUGACUUGUCGUUUCAAGCAAAAAAUUACAAAUACUCACAGUGAUUGUUAUCCAAAUGUGUUGUGUUGUGUCAUGUUCAAUCGCUAAAUGCCAUUCAUGUAUAUCAUUGUUGUUCGUUUUUUCCCGUUCAUUCCAAAUUAAUUUUUAAGAUAUAUAAAUAUUUUCUUUUCGUAUAUUUAUUAAUAUUAUAUACCGGUAUGUAAAUAGAUCGAAGUUAAUAUCCGUUUGUUUGUUAAAUAUUUAACGAUUGUUCUUUUUUUAAAUUAUAAAUCUUUAUUAUUAUGAGCGUAAAUGAGACCCUUGCGGUUGACUUAGCGAUUACUUGAUCGAUGAACUAACUUUAACUCGGACUGGCAGAAUAGUUACUAAUCUAUUUGGGCGACAAGUAUUUUCUCACGCUUUGAAAUGUCGACCAAAUAAAUUACUAAUUGUUUUUCCAUAAGUACGCGUUGCUAUAUUCAGUUAACAAAUGCCCGUAGAAGAUUACUUAAUAAACUAUAACACGUACUUAUGGAAGAGCAAUUACUAAUUUAUCGGGGCGACGAGUAUCUUCUCACUUAAAAACUUUGAGAGAGUACGCUUCGAAAUGACGGUAAAAAAAAUCAGUAAUUGUUCUUCCAUAAGUAAGCGUUAUAGUGUAUGGCUAUAUCCUGUUGAUAAAUGCCUCUAGAGAAUUACUUAAUACACUAAAACACAUACUUCUAGAAGAACAAUAAUCGGGACAACGAGUAUUGUCUCACUUGCUUCCAACAGUUGAGAAAAUACUCUUCGAAACAUCGGCCAAAUAAAUUAGUAAUUGUUAUUCCAUAAGUAUGCGUUAUAGUGUAUGGCUAUAUCCAAUUCAUAUAUGCCUCUAGACAAUGACUAAUUUAUCGGGGCAACGAGUAUUGUCUCACUGGCUUGAAAAAGUUAAGAGAGUACUCUUCCAAACAUCGGCCAAAUAAAUUAGUAAUUGUUCUUCCAUAAGUAUGCGUUAUAGUGUAUGGCUAUAUCCAAUUCAUAAAUGCCUCUAGAGGAUUACUUAAUACACUAAAACAUAUACUUCUAGAGCAACAAUUACUAAUUUAUCGGGACAACGAGUAAUUGUCUCACUGGUUUGAAAAAGUUAAGAGAGUACUCUUCCAAACGUUGGCCAAAUAAAUUAGUAAUUGUUCUUCCAUAAAUAUGUGUUAUAGUUUAUUACUCUGUCCAAUUUGUAGAUGUCUCUAACCUAUUAUGAUGAUUACUUAAUCUCUAUAAUGAUGCUUGUCUGAGAAGUGUUGGAUAUCAAAACAUGCAUAUUAAAAGUUGUGACCACGAUCAACGAUAGUUUAUGGGUUGUUUUUAGAUAAUAUUAUUUUAAAGUGAAACUUUUUAUUCCGUGUAAAUAUCGUGUGUAAUAUAUUCUGUUCCAUUCUUAAAUAGAACAUAACAUGUAUAUACUCCAUAUCAGUGUUCGAAAUUAAAGUCCUGUACAUGUAUGUUUGAUUAAUCAUAUCAAUUUUAUCAUUUAUUAAUUAUUUUCUUUUAAUUAUUGUUCGAUAUUUAUCGAUAAAUCGAUCAAUGCUUCUCUGGUUUCCAAGUUGUCUGUCUCUAGUCUUAUGGCUUAGGUUAAACGUGCCAAUAUAUACAGUUAAUAUUAAUAUUAUAGUUGCGGUAUGUACGUAGACUUGUGUAUAUAAGAUAGAAAGGAGUAGAAUUAAAUCAUUAGCUACGUAAAGGGUAUGUUAAGAUAAUUUCAUUAUUUAGUCAACCCGAAACCUUUUGUUGUCGACCGAGAGAAUACUAUAAUAAACUAGAUAACAGUGGGUAUAAAUAGCUUCUUGGAAAUUUCACAAUAAAUUGACUUUAUAAAGUUAAUUUGUACAUGCUGAAAUAUUCAGUUUGUGGACGGAGUUUAUUUUAUAAAUGUUAUACAUUUUAUAAAUCUUGAGCGGUCUACUCUUAUAUCGAAUUCCAACUGCCAAUGGAUCGUUUACGUGCAUGUCAAUGUGUACACGGGAUCUCGUUUUUUCGUCAAUCCGAACGACUAUACGUUGUCCCUUGCCAGGCCCUUGGUCCGGCACCACUGACAAGGGGGAACCGCGCCGGAAAUUCCACGCAGAGAUCGAACACGAUUUUUUAUGUUAGCGAGCCAACGUCUUACUCACUGAGCCACCGUAGCUCCCAUGAAAACGUAACUUAGCCAAUAUACGAUAAGUUUCAGCACAAGAUAAUAGAGAGAGAGAGAGAGAAAUGGGGUUUAACGUCCACUCGACACAAACUAGGUUAUUUCGGGACUAACAUAUGGUUUAAUUUUAUUUCAAUAAUUCGCUUGCGCGUAGGGGUCUUUAGCAGUGGGAGGAAGCCGGUGGACCCGGAGAAAACCCACGAGGUUGGACAGGCGACCCUACUCCUUGUCACGUACAACCGGGGAUUCACAAGAUAAUAAGUGGCGGUUUGAGUUCUAAAUAUUCCCCAAUUUCAUCACAUACUGCUUCAAAGAUUUCUAUUUUUUUUUUCAGCCUAUACCCAGUUAAAGAGAUAAUAGGUGUGGAGUUAGGCUUAUAUUGUUGACCCUCCGUUCUUAAUUAUAUGUACUAUAAUGUAUAGUGAUUGAUAUUUUCUAAUUAAAUUAAAUAUUUCUUUAAUUUAUAUAAUUAUACUAUAAUAAUAAUUGUAUUAUAAUAACUUGUUGUUUAUGUUGUCUGUGACAACUUUAAAAUGCUUUAUAUCUUGUAUCUGUCAUUUUUUUCUUACCAAUAAAUAUGUUUC